AUGUCUAAUCAACUGAAUAAAAUUACUACAAACGUUAAAUAUUAUGGAGGUGCAGCAGAAGAAGCUGUAGGCAGCGCUAUCGGUAGCGAUACAAUAAAAUUGAUGGGUCAGGCAAUAAAGCUCGAAGCCGAAGGAGAAUAUCAGGCAAGAAGAGCGCAGGAACAGGCUGAAGAAUUUGGAGAUAAUGCUUAUCAAUCGGUUAAAGGAUCAUUUGGUAAAUUCACUGGAGGGAAUAAUGAUGAUGAAGAAGCCAAUAAAUAA